CCAGGCAUUUGGAAGAUGCUCAUGGUGGCGAUGUAUGUGGCCCUUCUGGGCUGCCUGCAGGCCCAGGAGCUCCAAGGACACGUCUCCAUAAUCCUGCUGGGAGCAACUGGGGACCUGGCUAAGAAGUACCUGUGGCAGGGACUGUUCCAGCUGUACAUGGAUGAGGCAGGGCAGGGUCACAGCUUCAGCUUCCAUGGGGCUGCUCUGACGGCCCCCAAGCAGGGCCAGGCACUCAUGACCAAGGCCCUGGAAUCCCUCUCCUGCCCCGAGGACAUGGCACCUGGUCACUGUGCUGAACACAAGGAUGAAUUCCUGCAGCUGAGCCAGUACUACCAACUGAACACCACUGAGGACUAUCAGGCCCUGAACAAGGACAUUGAGGCACGGGUCCAGAACGGAGCCCUCCGGGAGGCUGGCAGGAUUUUCUACUUCUCUGUGCCACCCUUUGCCUAUGCGGACAUUGCCCGCAGUAUCAAUAGCAGCUGCCGUCCAGGCCCGGGCGCCUGGCUGCGGGUCGUCCUUGAGAAGCCCUUUGGCCAUGACCACCUCUCAGCCCAGCAGCUGGCCACAGAGCUUGGGAGCUUCUUCCAGGAGGAAGAGAUGUACCGGGUGGACCAUUACCUGGGCAAGCAGGCUGUGGCGCAGAUCCUGCCCUUCCGAGACCAGAACCGCAAGGCUCUGGACAGGCUGUGGAGCCGGCACCAGGUGGAGCGGGUGGAGAUCAUCAUGAAGGAGACUGUGGACGCAGGAGGGCGCACCAGCUUCUACGAGGAGUACGGUGUCAUCCGUGACGUCCUGCAGAACCACCUGACUGAGGUGCUCACGCUGGUGGCCAUGGAGUUGCCCCAGAAUGUCAGUGAUGUGCAGGCUGUGCUGCGGCACAAGCUACAGGUCUUCCAGGAGCUGCGUGGCCUGCAGAAGGGCAGCACCGUGGUGGGCCAGUACCAGGCCUACCCUGAGCAGGUGCGCAGGGAGCUGCAGCGGCCGGACAGCUUCCACAGCUUGACGCCAACCUUUGCAGGCGUCCUCAUCCACCUCGACAACCUCCGCUGGGAGGGCGUGCCCUUCAUCCUGAUGUCUGGCAAGGCCCUGGACGAGAGGGUGAGCUACGUGCGCGUCCUGUUCAAGAACCAGGCGUGCUGCGUCCAGAGCGAAAAGCACCGGGCUGCGCCGCAGAGCCAGUGCCUGCCGCGGCAGGUCGUCUUCCACAUCGGCCACGGGGACCUGGGCAGCCCCGCCGUGUUGGUCAGCCGGAACCUGUUUAGGCCAUCACUGCCCACAGGCUGGAAGGAGGUAGGGGAGCAGUCCGGGCUCCAUCUCUUUGGCCGCCCUCUGUCCGACUACUACGCCUACAGCCCCGUGCGGGAGCAGGACGCCUACUCCAUCCUCCUGUCACGGAUCUUCCACGGCCGAAAGGAUUCCUUCAUCACCACAGAGAACCUGCUGGCCUCCUGGGCCUUCUGGAGCCCCGUGCUGGACAGCCUGGCCCGCGAGGCCCCGCGCCUCUACCCCGGGGGAGCUGAGAACGGCCCUUUGCUGGACUUGGAGUUCAGUGGCAGCCAGCUGUUCUUUUCCCAGCAGCCCCUGGAGCAGCUGGUGCCGGGGCCCGGGUCAGCGCCAAUGCCCAGCGACUUCCAGGUCCUCCGUGCCAAGUACCGAGAGAGCCCGCUGGUCUCGGCCUGGCCCGAGGAGCUCAUCUCCAAGCUGGCCAGCGACAUAGAGGCCACAGCCGUGCGGGCGGUACGGCGCUCUGGCAGGUUCCACCUGGCGCUCUCGGGGGGCUCCAGCCCCGUGGCCCUGUUCCAGCAGCUGGCCACGGGGCACUAUGGCUUCCCCUGGGCCCACACGCACCUGUGGCUGGUGGACGAGCGCUGUGUGCCACUCUCGGACCCAGAGUCGAACUUCCAGGGCCUGCAGGCCCACCUGCUGCAGCACGUCAGGGUCCCCUACUACAACAUCCACCCCAUGCCCGUGCACCUGCGCCAGCGGCUCUGCGCCGAGGAGGACCAGGGUGCCCAGCUCUACGCCCAGGAGAUCGCGGCGCUGGUGGCCAACAGCAGCUUCGACCUGGUGCUGCUGGGCAUGGGCGCCGACGGGCACACCGCCUCUCUCUUCCCGCAGUCCCCCGCCGGCCUGGAAGGCGAGCCGUUGGUCGUGCUGACCAGGAGCCCCUCCCAGCCGUACCAGCGCAUGAGCCUUAGCCUGCCCCUCAUCAACCGGGCCAGGAAGGUGGCCGUCCUGGUCAUGGGCCGGAUGAAGCGAGAGAUCACCAUGCUGGUGAGCCGUGUGGGCCGCGAGCCCUGGAAGUGGCCCAUCUCAGGCGUCCUGCCCAGUUCCGGCCAGCUGGUGUGGUACAUGGACUACGAGGCGUUUCUGGGGUGAUGCGCCUUUGCCCCGCCCGCCCCGCCCCGUGCCUUUCUCACCGGUGGUCUUCCCAUCAGCCCUGCCACUGCCCCAUGUGCCUCGGCUCUCUGGAAUCUGAUGCCUCGAGGCAGGCCCCAGAGGGAAGCCUGUCCCAAGGCCCCCGACAACCAGGCCUGUUUUCUGGUGGAGAGAGCAG